AUGGUGCUUGGACGAGUUGCACAUUACGCAGUCGAUGCGGCGUUGCUAGCGACAGCCUUGGCGGGUGUAAAGAGACAGAGCGGCUGGACUCCGGACGUGGCUCGAAUUCCAAACGAGACCGCAAGAUCCAUCACCACCUGGUACCUCGGCAGCGGAGAGUUCCUAUUCGACAGCACCGUGGGCUUUGCGCAUGCAUCUUCCUUCUUUGUGAAGACGGAUCCUACAGCCGAUGCGGCGACGAGCAUAGCCAAGCAAGCUUUGAAAGCUGCCAAGAAGGAAGGAGAGCAGAGGGGCUGGUUCAACUAA